GGCUGCCGUCCAUGGCGCGGUAGAGCAGCAGGGCGCCGACCAGCCCCGCCAUCUCCAGCAGCAGCAGCCCCUUCACGACGCGCCGCGCCAUGGCCGGGGCUCGGCGCCUUCCGCCGGUAGCGCCGCCCCCGGCCCCGGCCCCGACAUGGCGGCCGCGCCGCUGGGAGGCGGCUGCUGGCGGGGCGUUGGAAAAUGUGGGAUGUGUAAAGGUUUUCUUGGGAGAGGAAAGGUUGUCCCCCUGGUGUUUGAUCUUUGUAUGCUUUCAGGCCCAGUCGAAAAGAAAAUGGAGUUAAUUUCGUGAAGCAGGUAGCACCUAACAAAGCUCUAGGCGAUGUCCGUGCUGUCCGCAAAAAUGGGAUUCGUUACCCGGUGUGCAAAAUUUGGCACUAAUUACACGCUCGAGAAAGACUGAUUAUUUGUGUCAGAGUUGCGCAAGUCCGGGUGCUCUGGUAGUAUUCCAAUAAUUAAGCACACCGACUAACAAAGCUUUUUACUAUUUAUACAUUUUAGCAAACACAAGAAUUAGUGUACACUGGCUCCAAGUUACGUAGUUCUGCUAUUAACUAGUAUUUUAUCUUCGACUUGUUGAUGAUUUUCUCGCUUCCCACGCUAACUAAUCUACAUGCUCAGUCUCUCUUUUGGGUUGGUGGGUUUCUUGGGUCGGUGGUACGCGAGUUGGUGGUCACGAUCUUCCCCUGCUGGAAUUACCUUUUGCCCAGUUGGAGCUGAUUUCAGCACAGUUGCUGAGUGGCCUUUAUUAGUUUUUUUCCUCAUCUUGAGAGUUCUGCCAAAUGUUGUGGCCUGUAAAUUCUGCAUUAUUUAUGUGCUUUAUCAGUGGUGCAUCCUUCUUCUCAAGCUUUGUUAACCUCCCUCUGAGUCUGAGACCAGUGAAGCAUGUCAAGCCCCAAACUUUAACAAGGCAAUUCUUCCAACAGGUAAUUUGUUUUUUGAACACAUGGACAUCACUUAGAGCUUACUUGUUAGCUGCUCUCUGUUUCAGGAUUGAAUCUCCCUUCUUUUUUAUAAGGCUUGAAAGUAUACAAAGAUCAAACAUCAAAGAACAUCCUUUCUUAAGAAAAUUUUGCAUAUUCCACAUUUUUCAACAUCCAGGUGUUAGAAAGACAAGUUACUUGUUGGUAGAAUUGCCUUGUUAAGAUUUAGAGCUCAACAUCUCUCAGUGAUCUCAGAUCAAUGUGGACUAAUUAGCAUGAGAAAUGAGAGAAUCAUUAAUCAAUAGGCAAUAGAAUACUAAUUAAUAAGAGAACUAGGUAACUUGUAACCAAUAAACAUUAAUGCUUUUGUUUGCUAAAAUGUGUAAAUAGUCAGAAGUUUUGAUAGUGGUCUUGCAGAUUCUGUCACCCAGCACCCCUUUCUGCAUAGAAUUGUAAAUAAAUAAAAUUGACCUCUUGCCCACAGGGUGAAAGAACCUGUUCUGGGACAACAUUCUGGCUGCUGGCAGCAGGUCCCACCCACUCACCACUGCCUUUCCCUGCUGCCCUGGGGGUACCUGCUGUCCCCACUUCGCUGUUUCAGGGGACUCGCUGCAGGAGGCAGCAGCAGCUCGACAGCUCCAUCUCGGUGAGCUCCAUGGGAAGCCCACAAGGACACGAGGAGAGUGCUGCGGGCCAAGGCGUGAAAUGGCUUAUCCAGAUUUUAAGUGAUUUAAUAUUCAUAACUAUUCAGAGUAUGCCUGUAAGCACAGAACUACAGUUUAUCGAACGUGGAGAUCCAGGUAAACAUCAGAGGAUGAAAUAGAUUCCACCUCCAAGAAUUUUGGUAACACAUCUGAAUUAUUAUUGCCUCCCCAAGUCUGUUUUCAACAACAAAGCUCAGAUAGUAGUGUUGUUUCGAAACCCUAAAGAUACAGCUAUUUCUUUCAUUUUGCGUUUCCACAGCAAUGUGCCAAGCAGCCCCAGUUACUGCUCCUGGAAUGAGUUCUUCUCAGGAUUAGUGAAAGAGAAUGGUGGUUUUGGAGACUGGAAGAAUCUUUUCACUGAAGCUCUAAACCAGGAUGACAAAUCCUAAUUGUGCUUAGAAGAAAUUAAACUGGGAGUGAAGUUUAAAUCUGAUGUGUAUUGCAAGGCCUGAAUCUCCUUUACAUAAAAAAAAACCACUAAUGUUCAGGCUGCUUUUCAUUCACUUCUGUUUCAAAACAGAAACCAGGACAAUAUCCUAUUUAAAAACUUUGAAUAUACAUGCAAUAUGCAAACCUGUUUCUGCUGGACCAACUCACACAAGCAAUCCUUGCUUGUGCAGUUAUUAUCACUGAGGCCACUGAAUUCUCUUAAAUGACCUGCAGCUCUUUGACCUCCCUUGUUUUUAGCACUGAUUUUUAGCUUUGACUUCUUGUUACCCAGUAGAAUGCUGUGUGAAAUUUAUAUUUGGUAAUUAAACAUGCUGAAAUCA